CCGUAAAGCAUUCUGACGAAUGCAAGUGAAGAGAGCAGAGGCCUUGAAUCAAAUACAAUUUUAGACGAUGAGAGUGGGAUUAACAGAACGCACUUUCAAUUUAUAGACAGUAUUGGAGUCUCGCUCACGAUGAUCAUUGAAAAUGUGGAAGCUUUAAAGUCGUGGCUGGCAAAACUACUGGAGCCAAUAUGUGAAGCAGAUCCCUCUGCGUUGGCCAACUAUGUUGUGGCUCUGGUGAAGAAGGACAAACCAGAGAAAGACCUGAAAGCACUCUGUGCUGAUCAACUUGACGUCUUCCUACAGAAAGAGACGACAGGAUUUGUGGAUAAACUCUUUGACUGUCUGACAACCAAGAACUACCUGGUGAAUAACCCAGCAAAGGAAACUCCAAAGGAAGAGGUGAAACCACUGGCAGUCAAAUCUGACUUAGUGGAGGCUGAACCGGCUGAGGAGGAGAGAGAAAGUAGGCGGAGGAGAAGCCCUCCGAGAAACCACGAGUCGAGGAGCAGGGACGACCGGAGGCGAGAGGAGCGCAAGCGGCGGGACUUGGAGCGCCACGGGAAGGGGGGCGGAGGCGGUGGCAGCGACUCCCACCGGGAGCGGGAACGCCCGGAGCGGCGACGGGGGAGCCCACGGGGGCGGAGCUACAGCCGGAGCCGGAGCCGGAGUGGCAGCCGAGGGAAGAGCAGGGAGCGGGAGCACAGAGGAGGAGGAGGAGGAGGAGGAGGAGGAGGCGGCAGAGAUUUCAAGUCCAAAUAUGAAUUGGAGAGGAAGGACCCGGACGCCUUCAACUCCUCGUCCUCCUCGUCUCAGCAGGCCCACCUCCCCCCGCUGCUGCCCCUCCCCACGCCGCAGCACCCCUUCUCCUCCGUGGCCCCCGGCGGGCCUGGCCCUGGGGGGCCGGCGCCGGCGCCGGCCCACCUCCCCGACAGCACCACAGACAGCUGGUCCAGCUACUACAACAGCCAGAGGCAAGACGGCGGCAAGCCCUUCAGCAGCAACAGCAAGGGCGCCGCGCUGAAGCAGCGCUGCAGAGACUACGACGAAAAGGGCUUCUGUGUCCGUGGCGACCUGUGUCCCUACGACCACGGCAACGACCCCCUCGUCGUGGACGACGUCACCCUGCCCGGCAUGAUCCCCUUCCCGCCGCCGCCCGUCAUCCCCCCUCCGCCGGUCGGACUCUCCAUGCCCCCCAUCGUCGAGCCCCCGCACCCCCACAGGAUGCCCGCCAUGCCCCACUACGGACAGCCGCCGCCGCCCGGCGUCUUCCCCAUGACCCGGCCCCCACUGAUAGCUACCGGCGGGAUAGAAACCCCCAACCACCAAUCGGCUAUCACCUCCUCGGCGCCGAUUGGACCGCCAGGCGUUGGGCGCCCGCCUCCUCUUCCACUUCCUCCUCGUCUUCCUCCACCGCCGCCGCCUCCCUCCUCGUCUGUGCCUCUACACCCCCAGUAUGCCCAGUCCGAAUACGGCUAUGACCUGGAGGGCUACAACCCCGAACUGCCGGGCCUGACCGGGCCGGGCCGGCAGAAGCAGUACCGGCAGUUCAUCCCUCGCGUGCAGACCCAACGGACCAACCUCAUCGGCCUCACCUCCGGGGACGGCCAGAGCUCUCGAGCUGCCAACAUAGUGAUUCAGACGGAGCCAGCCCCCGUGGCUCCGGCCCCCAGCAGCAACCUCAAUCGCUUCAGCGCAGAGCAGGACGCCCGUAAGAGAGCCCUUGGGGCCAUGUGCCCCUCCGAGGCCCCCCCGCCCAAGAAACCCUGGAUGGAUAACCCGGGUUUCAACAACCCACACAAGCCCCCUUUCCCCAAGAGGAACCACUACGUCAACACCAAGCUGGAGGUUCGCAAGAUCCCCCGGGAGCUGAACAACAUCACCAAGCUCAACGAGCACUUCAGCAAGUUCGGGACCAUCGUCAACAUCCAGGUGGUGUUUGGCGGGGACCCGGAGUCGGCGCUGAUCCAGUACACGGCCAACGAGGAGGCCCGGCGGGCCAUCUCCAGCACAGAGGCGGUCCUCAACAACCGCUUCAUCAGAGUGUACUGGCACCGGGAGGCCACAGACUACCCCCUCUCCGCCGGCCCUGGGGGGGGCGCGGGUGGCGGCAUCGGUGGAGGUAUCGGUGGAGCGGUGGGGGCGCUGCAGCAGGAGCAGAGCUCCGGGCCUCAGGGGUCCGCUCCGGCCCACCAGCACAGCAACAUGCACAAGGGCAUUAUGCAGCACAACCCAGCGGCCUACGUGUUGAACAACACCCUACCCAAGCACAGGCCCAUGGCGGCCGCCGCUGCAGUCAGAGUGGACGGCCUGCACCCGGCCGCUGGCGACCCCGCUGCUCCCACUCCGACCGCGGGUCAGAGGAGCAUGUACGCGCCCAACGCCCACAAGUCCUCCAAGGGGAAGAUGGCUAAAGUGCACCACGAGGUGCUCAAGAGGAAGCAGGAGACAUUGAAGCUCCAACAGGACAUGAGGAAAAAGAUGCUUGACACCCAAAUAGAGUGUCAGAAGGCGCUGAUCAGCCGGCUGGAGAGGAACCGGGCGAUGAGGCCCGAGGAGAGGGCCAACAUCAUGAAGACCCUGAAGGAGCUGACGGACAAGAUCAGCCUGCUGCAGAACGACAUGAACCCUACGGCGCUGGUCACCAACGCCACGGCCCUCCCCCUCCCCAACCACAGCCAGCCCAAGAGCAAGAUAGACGCUCAUAAGGAGCUGUUGGAUGCCGAGCUGGACUUCCAUAAGAAGAUGAGUUCUGGGGAAGACACCACAGACCUGAGGAGGAAACUGGGCCUGCUGCAGGUGGAGGCCACGCGGCUGGGCCUGCUCCGGCCCACGUCGGGACGGGGCCGGGGACGAGGCAGGGGGCUGUCGGACCCCGGACCCCCCCCAAUGGUGAGUCGCGGCAGGGGCCGCAGCCGGGACCAGAUGGGGCGCGGCGGGACCCAGAACCGCAUGGUGGUGGACCACCGGCCCCGGGCCCUGUCCAUCCUGGGGGUCACAGCGGAGGAGAAGGAGGAGCUGAUGCCCCACUUUGUGAAAUUUGGAGAGGUGGAAGACCUGCGAGACCAGGACGCCACCAGUGUCGUGAUGACUUUCAGGACACGUAGCGAAGCAGAGAAUGCGGCAAACCAGGGGAUGAAGUUCAAAGGUCGCAUGCUCCAGAUCUCCUGGUACAAGCCCAAGACGCCCUCUGUCACGGCGGAGCCGGAGGAGGAGGAUCCCAAGGAGGAAGACAUUGCAGAGCAUGUUGGCUCUUUUUUGCCUGGCGAGGAGGAGGAAGAAGAGGACGAGGAUGACGAAGAUGAGUACGAGAGUCGAUCCUGGAGACGAUGAAGGACAAGUGACCCUGCUCUGUCCGGAGCGUUCCUCUGGCCGACUCCGUGGACACCUCGACCUACUCGUUUUCCAGUAUUCUUUUCCGAAAUUGAAGACUCUUAAGAGUAAAGAAAACAAAUUCUUUAGUUACUUGUGUAAAGAAUCCUGAGAGAGCAAACCUUUUUUGUAUCCCUCGAUUCAUAAUAAUUUAAAAUGUCUCACUUUUGCUGAGAAUGAUACAAAUGUUAAGUUGAUCUUAUAAAUAGAAAAGUAAAUCUAUGUAAGUUUCAUUGUGGUUACCAGAUGAUUAUUAUUAUCAGUAAUGCACAACAUUUGUGUCUACUGUGAAGCUGUAUUUUUAUACAUAUUUAAAACGAAAAAAGGUCCUCUCUCCCCAAAUUCACAAAGCCUUUGGAAAAGUCUUUUAGAUUUUGGAUUUCCAUUCCAUCACUCUCCGAGCGCUCUGCUGCCAUGAAGAGAUAACGACUAAAGCAUGUUCUUUGUUUUUUCUCCUCUGCUUCAUUUAACUGUAGUGUCGGUUAAUAACACAGCUUUAUCGAUUUUUUUUAAAUAUAAUUUUGUAUGUUCACAAUGUCUUAUGGUUUCAAACACCAGAGGACAAAACUCAUACAAAAUCUAGUUGCGUCUGACUUAAUUUAUUUAACUUUAGAACCUAAGCUCGCAAAUCUGCAUGCUCCCUCCCUAACAAACCUACACCCGCGCUUUACCAUACAGUUCUCAUUUUGCUCCAGACGCACCACAGAAGAGCGCAAGUUGAACAAAUACCCCUCCACCCAAACCCGCCCACGCCUUUGUAACCAUCACAGCCACAUGGUCAGCCAUUAGUGGCUGACCGUGUGGCUGUGUCUGCUACUCGACAGUGUUGUGCGGUGAUAUUAUUCUGGUCACCAAGUCCUUGUGUUGCUUAACUCUGUGUCCGGUGCCCCUCUUCCACUCAAUCGUAUGUCUUUGGCUUCCCUUUUCCGUUGGCUUCAUCAAGUGCUCCAUCUCCCAGUGAACCCGAAGGCCUGACUUUGUGUGAGAAAAGGUCGGCCAUUUCAAUAUGUUGAAAGAGCUACAGAAAAAAGCUUGAAUGUAAUUUUGAGCACUUUGAUUUUAAUACAUGCUCUCCCCCUAUCCCUGCCCCGCCUUAGCUCAUUAGCAUCAAGGCCAGAUUUUUACAACAUUUGUGAUUUACUUAUGUAAAUUUUGUAAAUGUUUGAGAGAUAAAAUAUUUUUUUUAAUUUUGUUUGGUUAAACAAAUGAUUGAUUAGAGCCUAGGGUCUGAUUGGCUGUUGGAGAAAUAUGAUUUUGAGCUGCCCAAGUCCCCUCAGAUGCUGAAACAGUCCAACAGAGAACACACUUUAUGACCACGGUCACUAUGGUCACAGCAUGUGGGGAUAUAGUUGUCUGCUAGCCAGUUUGUCAUUAUAGACUGCGUCAAAACAGCAGAUCUCAAAAGGUCAGUUUUGUGAAUGAGCAGAAUGUUUUGUUUUUUUUGAUUGAAUUUUUGCACCUUCCUUGAAACUAUUUAAAUAUAUUUUUGAUGCAGGAGGACAAUUAUUUGUAACAUUGAUGGGUUUUAAUUUUUUUUGUGUGAAUGUCGUUUUAAAACUUUGUUUUGGGGGUUUUAUGGUCGAUGUGAAAGCAAAUCCCAAUAUUCAAAUUAAAUUGGAAUUCACUUAAGGCGCAUAGUAUCUUCUAUUGAUACGGGAUUCUUUAUAAGGUCUAUUCUGGAUGUAAAUGUGUGAUGUGUUUAAAAGUGACACCAUGCCUGUUGUUGCUAUUGAUGAUCCUAAAAAAGGCACAUGUACAAUUGCCUGAAAUUAACUAACACACUAAGGGUUUUUGCAAUACAUUAGCACUAAACACAUUUAGCCAUUUUGCGUUUGAAUUGCGCCUCUGUAAACAAAGGACUGAAGGGCAUUAGCCUAUCGGAUUCCUCAUUUUUUUUCUUCAAUGUUUUCCCCUGACGUUUUUAGUUUAGUAAUUCUAACUUGAAAGUGAUGUCUAAAUUAAAGAAAGUAUCUUCUUUCCCUUUUUUGUAUAUAUUUUGGCUGCUACAAUGACACAAUGUUGUAAAAAAAAAAAGUAUACAUUAUAGGAAAACAGAUUUGUUACUGUUUAUACUUGCAGGAUGUGGAUGUAUUCUCUUGAUUUAUUCAGUUUGUAAAAAAAAAAAAAAAACGUUUUUCUAAUUUACUAGCAUGUUUGCUUUU